AUGCUUUUCAAGACCGUUGGCCUUCUUGCCCUGGCUGGCCAUGCCGUGGCCAAGCCUUGCAGCAAGGCUCAAAGCGCCACUGCCGCUUCCUCACCAACCAGCACCAUUCAAUGGGAGACAAAGUACACGGCCACUGGUGCUGCUGAUGUAGCUGCUGCUGCAGCCACAGCCAAGACCAGCAGUCCUACUAGCCAUGUCAAGGGCAAGGCCUUCGACCGUGUCGUUUACAUCUGGUUCGAAAACGAGAACUACGAGAAAGCCGUUGGCGAUCCCAAUUUCGCUCAGUUUGCUUCUCAGGGAAUUCUUUUGAACAACUACUUUGGUGUCACGCAUCCGUCUGAGCCUAACUACAUGGCUGCCGUUGCUGGUGACUACUUUGGCAUGGAGAACGACAACUUCAAUCGUGCCGACCGUAACAUCUCUACGGUUAUUGACCUUCUAGAGCAAGCCGGAAUUUCCUGGGCACACUAUCAGGAGGACAUGCCCUACAGUGGAUUUGAGGGACAAGCCUGGAAGAACCAGAAGAACGGUGCCAACGACUACGUUCGCAAGCACAACCCUGCUAUCUUCCACGAUAGCGUCACUUUCUCUGAGCAGCGUCUUUCCCAAAUCAAGAACCUGUCUAUGAUCGACACUUCCAAGUCCAUGUUCCAUAAGGACCUGAAGGAGAACAAGCUCCCCCAGUGGAUGUUCAUCACCCCCAACAUGACCUCAGAUGGCCACGACACCUCCGUCACCGUCGCCGGUAACUGGUGCAAGACUUUCCUGACCCCUCUCCUUUCCGACCCCAACUUCAUGGACAACACUCUCGUUGUCAUCACCUGGGAUGAAAAUGAGACCUACACCAACCGCAAUCAGAUUCUUGGUAUUCUCAUUGGUGACGCCGUUCCCAAGAAUCUUGUUGGCACCACUGACAGCACCUACUACAACCACUACUCCGAAAUUGCUACUGUUCAAGCUAACUGGGACCUCCCCACCCUCGGCCGUUGGGAUGUCGGUGCCAAUGUCUACCAGAUGGUCGCCGACAAGACCGGUGACAAGAACCGCCAGUGGUCCAUCGAUACCAAGAUUACAGACUACUACUGGAACGUCUCCUACGCCGGCUACUUCAACUCCAAGGGUGGAAACUCUAGAUACCCCGCUCCCAACCUCAAGCUGGAUGGCAGUGCUCAUGGUCGUAACAUCUGGUCCGGCAUCAAAAAGAUUUGGGCCAACAGCGACGCUCCUACCUACUACAAGGAUGCUAUCGAGGUCAACGAUGGUCUUCACUCCCCCGCUGGCUACCAGAAGCCUUAA